AAUUUUCUUCCGAACAUGAGCAGGACGAGUAUUCCUAGCACGCGAAAAAUAAAAUCAGAUAGGAAUUCAGUGAAAAGCUAUUAAAGGUUUGUACGUGCGAGAUUAAAAAAUAAAAAGGGGUCCGUCGAAAGCUUUUCGGCAAUUCUUACGAAGUUACAUGUUAGUCUCUUCCUUGAUCAAAAUUCACGCGCACUCGCUGCGCGCUGAGUUGUCCUCGCAUCUACUUGGAAAAUGCCGCUACCCCUUGUACCCGAUGAUGGUACCAAUGGCGCCAACGACCUCAUUGCCAAAAUUGACGAACUGGUACAACAUCGUCACAGGCCGGAACCGAAGACCAUCAGUCAGAUAGUUUACGAACGCUAUCAUCCGUUUGAAGCCUUCGAAGAAACCUUGCAAGACGCUUGGGAACUGGGCGAACCGGUCAGGCGAGAAAAAGCGGGUAUGGGUUGUUGCUCGGACAAGAAGCCGUCUGCACCAUCUUCAGGCUGUGGCUGUGGCCCGAAAACGCCACAAACGAAAUCUGGUGGUUGUGGUUGUGGACCCAAGAAAGGCGACCCGGAACGCAUAGAAGGCGGAGGAUGUGGUUGCUCUGCUCCCACGGUCCCUUCGCCGACGGGCAAGUCAAAGAAACUGGAGGACCUCACCUUGGUUGACAAAGAUAUUGCUAAUAAAAUCUACAGAAAUGCUAGUUGGAAGGAUAGAUUCAUAAUAGCCUCAGUAAAGGCUGGAUUCCUGGACCAGAAGAUUCUGAAAGCUGUCGCUGAAAGAACGGGUGGAUUAGAUUUAAUGAAGGAAAUCGGCACAGAAAUCAAAGAACAGAAUCAAUCUAACGUAGAACCCGUGCCAGGAGGUGGGUGCCACUCUUCAGCAUCUGGAUGCGGUGGAGCCAAAAAUAUUCAGGUCGAAAUCCCGCGUGCAAUUUCUGGCGGAAGUGCGAGAUCCGCUCGAUUUGCACCUGACACCGAGGAGGAAGAAGUGGAACCUAUUGCUAUUUCAUGGAAGAAAGCUCCUGUUUGUAGAACUCAAGAAGUGUUGGCCAGCGAUCGAAGAAAUCUUAUGCUCGAAGCUUUCCCCUUGACGAACAUUCCGGAUAUAACCCCAGUCCGAACUCAUUCUUCCAACGAAGAAUUCACCAUCAAAUGGAAAAAUUCCUCUCGUCAAGUCGAGCAGGAAAUCCGUUCUGAACCUUUGACGCAGCCGAAACCUACUUCGGUUGAAACUGCUGUUCUUCCUCCGCCGCCUCCUCCACUUCCUCCAGUUGUUCAGCAUCCUCUGAACGUUGACGAACAUGAUGAUGCCCUCAGUGAAAUCAGUCGGAAUGCUUCAGGCGGAGGACAUUAUAUCAGAUAUUCUUGCAGAGCUUGCAGACUUCCUAUUAUGCCGAUCAUGCCGCCUGGGCGGAUCAAUCCGAGCCUGUACAGAGCAGCUGCCAGAACUAGUGGAGCUGGAUUUCGUGGGAAAAGCUUGCAUCGUGGCGGGAAAAAACGCAGAGGAAGUAUCAGAAGAAAAUCCUCUGGCUCUGAAAUAAUUUACGACGACUUGGCGUUUGAAGAACCCGAAUGGAAAGCUGAAGGGAAAUUCUGUACCUGUGCGAAUCCUGUUCUGACCCCGAUUCAAAGCAAGGAAGACCUUUUCUCUGGUAAUCGUGCGUUGACUUUUGAGGAUGACCGACCAAAACCUGCGUCUGCCAGCGUUGCCGUUGCAACUACAGAGUCUCUGGUGACGACUGUAGCCAUCAAAGAAGAAAGAAAUGCGCCAGAAAAUGAAGAGACUGGAAAUACGAAGAACGAGUACAUGAGCGAUUCUCCCAAUGCUAAUCCCGGUUUCGGAUACCCGAACCAAGGUGAUCAGAUGAUGCCCACCGCAUUUCCGGCCGGAUUUAUGCCUGUCUUCAUGACUUACAACCCGGCAUCGCAAUGUCCGCAGUUUACCUUCGGAAUGCAACCCGGCAUGGCCGCACCCAUGAUCGCUUUCCCUCCUCCACAGUUUUUCUCAUUCCCUGGCUCAUAUCCUCCAUCACCCAACAGAAAUGAAUCCAAGCAGAAUAAGCCCCUGGUGGAGGAAGUUAAAGAACCGCGAGUGGACGAAUUUGAGUCUCAGCCUCCGUCUCCCUCGGGAAAUCCGGAAGUGAAUACUGUCGAAACGAGAUCUCCGAUGGACUUGGGCGCGGAAACCAAUGAAGGAGUGACGAUCAUAGGGAAACCUGGAGCAUUGGCAUCUUGGUUGGAGAAGCAACAAAUUCAUGAUGCUUUGCAUAAAAUCCCUGAAAUCCCGACCGAGGUCGAUUCAUCGACGCCUCAUCAAGGGAAGAAAGCAGAGAUUUUAGAGAGAAAAAUGAAUCUUCAAAAGACACAAGAGUCACAAUCUGGGUGGUUUCGCAUGCAGCGAUUUCUUCAAGACAAGCUGAAUUUAAUUGGUGGCACGAAACUUCCGAGUAUCUUAGGAACGCCAUCAGGAAACGAUGAGGUCAUUGAUGCGACCCCGAAACCGAGUGUGCCGAAACGUACGACGUGCACAACACCAGUUAGAUAUGCAGAUGAACUGCCACCAACUCACCCCCGAUAUCUGAAAGAGAAGCUGAAGCAGCAGAACAAACGUCCUCCAGUUCCCAUUAAUUUCAAGCCAGCCCCCAAGCUGGAAAGCACUCGCAGUGGGCCUUCUUUCAAGCCACAACAACGGGUGCCACCUGGUCCCUGGAAUACUAGUUUAGAUCCUAUGCCUCUGGCAUUGCCUCGUCCAGUGACAGUGGUCAACACAACUGGAAGGUUGGAUGUGCAUCAGAGGCCCAAGCAGACUGAAGCGAACCCCGCGCUUCAGCCACUGAACAAUCAAGAGGUGUCAGGAAGAGAAGUCUUGAGGGACCUGCAGGUGCCCUACCCCUCUGGUCAUGAUGUGGAAACCUAUGCAGUUACAGACGUGGUGUAUGACGAUCCCGAGCGAUUGCUCGACAUCUACAUGAAGAAAGACGACAGCAUCAAAGAGGAAAAAGCUGGUAUAAGCGGUGUUCAUGAAGCGGGCGACUGCAUCAGAGAACCGAUGCUGGACGUUUCGCUGAAGCUCAAGGAUUCAAGUAAAAGCUUGAAAAGCACGAAGUCUCAACCUUCGAGCCGCGGAUUAACUCCGAAGGCAAAGAUCACACCUGUGAAACGGUCUUCAGAUGUCCGACAAAGAGUGCCCUUGAAGAACAGAACGGCAGGGAAGGAAACCAUACCUGUGGUUCACCAGAGCCCGAGCAGCACUUGCCUCUGCGACACCUGCGAAACUCGUCGUCAGAAACUGGAUCGGUUCAUGAAGAUCCUCAAAGGACCCGUGAUUGAUAUCCAAGAACUCAAAACGUGCUGUUGGUCAGGUGUUCCCCAUCAAAUCCGCCCGGCGAUCUGGAAAAUUCUCUCGAGUUUUCUCCCAUUGAACAUUCAAUUGUGGGACGAAUUCCUGCUUCGUCGCCGGACCAAAUAUUGGAACUACGUUCAUAAACAUUUCGAUGCUGUCGGAGAAGCUUACGAGGAGAUCAGGAAGCAGAUACGCAUUGAUCUGCCCCGCAUGAGACUCGCACAUCCCAUGUUGGAAUUGCCGGAGAUGAUCGAUAUUUACGAUAGGGUUCUGUUUGUUUGGGCAUUGAGGCAUCCUAACGCGGGAUACGUUCAGGGUUUGAAUGAUCUGCUUACACCGUUUAUUAUGGUCUUCGCGCAUGAAUAUGUUCCUCACGAGAUGAUCGAGUCCCAGGACCCCAGUAUUCAUGCAGAAAUAGGGAAAUACUUGCAAGAGGCAUACGUCAAAAACAUAGAAGCUGAUGCUUACUGGUGCUUCAAAAACUUGUUGAAGAAUAUCCAGAGCAAUUACACAGCAAGUCAGCCUGGGAUUCAGCUUUCGGUUAUAUUGAUGGAAGAUCUCGUCCGACGAGUAGAUCCGGAAUUGCAUUCGCAUUUAGCGAACUGCGGUGUAGAAUAUUUACAGUUCGCUUUCCGUUGGAUGAACAACCUGUUGAUGCGAGAGCUCCCUCUGAACUGCUUCAUACGGCUUUGGGACACUUGCAUAGCUGAGCCAGAUGGAUUCACUACAUUUUAUGUGUAUCUGUACACAGCGCUGCUGCGAACAUUCAGGGAAACAAUUUUAUCGUCAUCUGACUUUCAAACGUUGCUUAUGUUUCUGCAAAACUUGCCGACUUCCGACUGGACUGAGAAAGACGUAGUGAAACUCAUAGCAAACGCUUAUAAGUUGAAAUAUGCGGAAUCAGUUGCUCAACAUUCGGGGAACCCGGAUAAAAUCGAAGUCGAAGGCGAAUCUGGGACAUCCUUGGAGAAGGAGAAACCAGCACCGAAGACUGUCCUGAAACGUACGAAGCCAUUGGCGAGCAAAGGCGUUAUUAGACGAGGAUGAUCAGCGUUAAUAUUGUGCAUUUGUUAAUCGUCCUAUUUGUUGAAGUAUUCAUUGUUGCAAAUUUUUUCUCUUUAACUGCGGUUUCCUUUAAGCUUGAAUAGAAGGUUUCAAAACAUGA